AUGCAAUUAAGAAAAGUACGCUCCCAUGAAAAUUCUUAUACAAAUUUAGAUUAGCAAAGAAAAAUAGAUUCUGCUCAAUUUAAAACAUAACCUUGUACUUAAUAACAUCCGAGUACACAUAAAAAGUUUUGUCCAUAUUAUCAUGAUGAAUCUGAUCGUCGACGUGAUCCUCAUCAAUUCAAAUAUAAGUGAGAAUACUGUUAAUGAUUCCUAAGGUGUCAAAUUUGUCCUUAGUUUGAGCAAUGUCCUAAUGGAGAUUUAUGUGUAUUCUCACACAACAAAGUAGAAUAAGUGUACCAUCCAAAUAGAUAUAAGAGCAAAUAUUGUGUAUAAAAUAAAGAUUGUGAAUAUGGAAUCUAUUGUUCAUUUGCACAUAAUGAAUAUGAGUUGAGACUUCCUCUUAAACUUGAAUAAUUGGUACAAGAUAAGAAAUUCUGGAUGUUUCAUUAUAAAACUAUAUGGUGCCCUUAUAUAGUAGGGUAAUACAUUAAUAUAUAUUAAAGACAUGAUAGAGCCAGUUGUGUUUAUGCUCAUAAUGCAUAAGAUUUUAGAAGAGAUCCUCAAUUACUUUAACCUAAAGAAUGUCCUAAUUGGAAUAAGACAGAUUAAAUUUCAAGGUAUGAUUAAGGAGGUUGUUCUGAUUAAGAGAAUUGUCCAAAUUGUCAUGGAUGGAAAGAAUAUGAAUAUCAUCCCUUAAUCUAUAAAACUAAACCUUGUGCAUAACCUAAUUGUAUUAAAAAAGAGUGUCCAUUCUUUCAUAAUGAUUAAGAACGGAGGUACUUAUUAAUACUAAUUUUCUUAGAAUACCUAAAUAACAGAAUGAAAAAUAGUGGAUUAUUGAGGAACCCAAUACUUAAAAUUUAUUAAGAAUUCCUUAUAAAUCUAAUUCAAACUAUUAAGGACCUAUAAUUCCAAGUUAUAUUCCUCAAGAUCUUAAUAGAGAGAAAAUGGAAGUUGGAUAACCACUAGAAUUAUUUAGUUCGAUAACUACUUCUUCUAAUCCAUUAUCAAGAAGAGGUUCAGAUUUCUCAGACAGAUAAAAAAAGAAAUGGAAUACAUAACGUAAAUAUCAUCGUACAGCUCCUACUACACCUGAUUAAAAAUAAUAAUAGUAAACAAAAAUUCCAAUUAUCAAAUAUUCUCGUAGAUUAUAAGAUGAAUUAUGGAAAUUAUCUGGAGUAAAGUAUUUGUUAUAUAAUCUAAGUCGGAUUUUAUUUUACACACUCUUGAAGGGAUGAAAAUAACUGAAACUAAUUUAAUGCAUAUGAAUGAGUUUAAUUUACUAUCUUUGAAUAUUAGUGAUUAAUAAAAGUAAUAUUUGAUAUAAGCCUUGUUCAAUAUUAAGUAAGAAAAGAAUUAUGAUGAAAAACACGAUGAUGAAUUAUUAAAAGAAAGUGCUGGGCAAUUUUGA